AUGACCCUUUUGACCGUGACCUCUCUCGAAGGAUUGGAAUGCAUGAACAAUUUUGAAGCCAAAACUUUCUGGACGAGCGGCUCAAACGAAGAUGAUAAUUGCAAUUUGGAAAAUAAGUACGCUUGGUGCUCGACGGGCUUCAAUAUUUCGGAAAAACUGAUCGAAUCGGAAAAAAUCUGGUUGCCAACCAACAACACCAGCCCUUCUGCCACGGACCGUUGUUUGGCCGUUUCUCUAUCCACGGUAUCCACGAAACAGGGUCUGGUGCACAGAAAGUGCGACGACGCCCUGCCCUUCAUCUGCCAGUAUUCCGUCGACUGCCCGAAGAUCUGCAUCCGAGACAUGACGUGGUUAAACAGUUACUACCAAUGUUGCGCUUUGGGAAUGGAGACGCUCAACAUCGACAACGUAGCUGAGCAAUUGGGCCUUACUGCCCUGGCCGGUUCAAAUAAAGCAAACUGGACUGCGAAUUUCAAUUACUGGACCAGUGGCACGUGGAAGGGUGCGCCUGAGAAGCAGUGGUCGUGGUGCGAGCCAAAUGGACCAACUGUUUUCGCAAAGGGUCUAGUUUGGGAAUCCCCUCAGCCUGACAAUAUUGGAGGCAACGAGAGCUGCGUGCAUUUCCGCUUUACUUUGAAUUCCACGGGAACCAUCAUGACGGACCGCAACUGCGCAAAUAAAUAUAUAUUCGCGUGCAAGAGUGCAUUGAAGACCACCCAAAAACCUUGCGUUGCUUUCUGCCCAAUGAAAAGCUGCGAAAAAAAUUCAGACUGGGCAGCCGCCCGUGACCGUUGCUGUGAUAUUGGCUUGACCUUGGCCUCCAUGGAAUCAGCGGGGAAGUCGAGUUGCUUUUCCAGAAUAGUCUCAAGGUGUGAUUCAAACUUCCGCUGGUGCACCCUGAGCCGGGACUUCGUCCACCCUGAGCUUACUUGGAAGGAGGGACACCCUAAACCCGGUCUGGACUGCGUUUAUCUCGAAGUGAGGAAUGAAUCCUUGUUGCUGGCCACCGAUGACUGCGCCCAAAACAAGAGUUUUCUCUGCGAAGUGAGAAAGAAGGGCACCUUCGGAAGAGCAAUGCAGACCGAAUGUGCGGAAAUAUGGGACAUCACCGUUGAAUCCGACGACGAGUGUGCGAUUGCCCACGAAACUUACAAGUGCGGCCAGCAAAAAGCGCCUGCUUUGGUCUCAAAAAUCAUCACCAACAACUUCGAUAACGGCACAAUGGUCUGA